AUGCCACUCGGGGGCCGUGACGCCCGGCCGCACACCACCGCGCCCACCCCUGCGCGUGCUGCCCCCUACUGCUUCGUGCUGCGGCCGCCGCUCGCCUCGCUCGCAUCCGCCCGCCCGCGCUCGCCUCGCUGGCCGCGCCCGGCUGCGCCUGCUGUCUGCCCCGCCGCGGCUCCCGCUCCGCUCCGGCCGCGCGCCCCGCCUCCACUGUUGCUUGCCGCCGCACUCCGCCUCGCAGCCCCCCCGCGUGUUGUCCGCGACCCGCGCGCCCGGCUCCUCCUUCGCCGCCCCAACCCUGCCGCUGCAUCGCUCCGCCUCAUCCGCGACCACCUCGCGUUGCGCCACCGCCUCCCCUGCUCCGGCCACCUCGGCCAUGGCCUCGCCCCUCUCCUGGCGUCACCGCUGGCCGUUGGCCGCGCGUGCCCCGCGGCCUCCACCGGCCGCCCGUGCGUCCGCUGGCCUCGCCGGGUCCAGUCGCCGCCGCCGGCGUGCGUCGUGCGCGCCCCGCUGCUCCUCCGCCGCUCUGCGCCCGCUGCCGCAUCGACGCCCGUUCGGGCUGGGCACCAGCGCCCCUACGCCCGCGCGUCCGCUUAG